CGCAAAUGUCAUCAUUGUCAUUGAGGAGUGUCAAUUUUGUAAGAUCUAGAACUAGAACAAUAAUUAUAAAAAAUUGGAUAGUGAUGAAAAAAACGGCGUUUGAACUUCACUGAUCGUUUGAUGUUAAAAUUAACUAAGUGAGUUCAGUUGCUAACAUUCUAACAAAAUGGCAGCCACCAGACGAUUACAAAAAGAACUAGGAGAUAUUAGAAAUUCUGGAUUAAAAUCAUUCCGUGAUAUUCAAGUGGACGAAACUAACAUUCUAACAUGGCAAGGUCUGAUAGUUCCGGAUAAUCCGCCUUACAACAAAGGAGCUUUUAAAAUAGAAAUUAAUUUCCCCGCAGAAUAUCCUUUUAAGCCGCCAAAAAUAAAUUUUAAGACGAAAAUUUACCAUCCUAAUAUAGAUGAAAAGGGCCAAGUUUGUUUGCCCAUUAUAAGUGCCGAAAAUUGGAAACCCGCCACUAAAACGGAACAAGUUAUUCAAGCACUGGUUGCUCUUGUAAAUGAACCCGAACCGGAACAUCCUCUGCGUGGAGACUUAGCUGAAGAAUACCUCAAAGAUAAGAAAAAAUUCGCGAAAAACGCCGAAGAUUAUACGAAAAAACACAGUGAAAAGAGACCAGCAGACUAGAACAUACUUGAUUAUUUAGAAAAUGUUCAUUGAAUGAAGCUGACUUUGGAAUCUAAAAAUUAAUAAAAAAAAAAUUGUAAGAUUCUCUCUCGAAUAAACAAACAUUAUUUUCCGGUAUAAAAUUGUUGAAUAAUAUGUCCAAGUCGCGUGGUAAAUUGUACAGAUGAUUUCUGGACAUUUUAAUUGUUACUGUAAAAUAUUAUGUAUAAGGUACCCGUCACUUUUUAUAAUGAAUUGUUGUCACCUAUUCACAGAAGACUUGUAAAUACUUCUUUUUUUUUCAGUUAAUAAACACUUAGAAUAUCGGAUGUGAAAGAAUAUAUAAAAUUCACUUAAAAAACAUAUGUAUGUUUGUUUAUUGAUUGAGAGUAUAUUAUACAUUUAAAGAUAUUCAAUAAUUGUCAUUUUCAUUCAGUGGAAAAAACUUUGCAUUUUUUUUUCAUUUUAUAAUAAUUAAUAAUUAUUCAUUCUGAAAUUUUAGGUGUUUAUUUAUUUGAUAAUUAAUGUUCCAUAUAUUUUUGCGCCGAAAGGUUUAGUGUACAAAGGUACAGAAAUGAGUAUUUCUAUUUAAAAAAAUUUUGCAUUGUACUAUUUAAAUAUAUUAAACAAAUUUCUGAUGAAAA